AUGGGCAGUGUCUUGCCAGAGGAGACAGCAGUACUUGGAAAAAGAGAAAGAGAAGUGGAGGAAAGAUGUAGAAACAAGCAAGAAGAAAAGGCAAAAAAAAAAAAAAAACGUAGUGUGAGAGAGCAGCGUGCCCAGAGGAAAAAAUGGAGAGUGGCUCAUAAGAGGAGUAAUGCCAGGAAAAAGAUACUUAAAGGAUUGAACACCCCUCCAGUCAACCCUGAAUCACUAGUCAGACCAAGAACUCCAGUCAGGCCAGGAUCCUCAGUCAGCUCUCAACCUGAGACUUCAAGGCAGCGUGAACAUGGGAGAAGAAAAAGGAGGUCUGCCAAAGCAAAAUUACACAGGGAGUUGCAGAAACUACAGGAUCAGUUGAAAAAAGGUGCCCCAGAUUGUGUGAGUGGCACACUGAAGAGGAGGGCUGACAGACUUGUCAGCCAAGGAGUGGAUAUCCCCAUGGCAUUGUCCCUCUACCAAGCUCUGAGUGAGGUUCAAUCAAAGGUGAAAUUGUUCUACAUUGAGGAGCAAGCUGUGGAGGAUGCAGUGAAAGAAAUGCCAGCUGACAUUCCAGCCGUACCAUCCACAAUGAGGCUCCACCAGGUGGUCAUUCUUUCUCCUAGGAAAAUUCUCUCGCUGCAUGUGCUCUGCAACAGGGAAUCUGGAGUGUGACUGCCAAAAAAACUGUUUCAACUUUAAUCCCAGAGAUAAUCACACAGAAGACCCCAUACACAACACACCAGAAGAAGUGCAGUGGCACAGUUCAGAGGUUUUGGGGAAAUGGUGUGCCCUGGUGUACGACCAUACCAUCUACCCAGGGAUCAUCCAGGAGGUGAAUGAGACCCACUGCCAGGUGAAAUGUAUGCACAGAGUGGGGAGAAAUCAUUCUUUUCUGGCUGAUGAGGGAUGAUCUCCAUUGGUAUCCCUUCGAGGAUAUGCUGACCCUCAUUCCUCCCCCAGAGAAUGUUACCUCGCGCCACAUAGCCAUCGCAAGAGAGGUGUGGGAUACUCUGGCCAGCCACGGAAAUGAAAUCUCAACAUUAUGACAUCAGCUUUCAAAUAUGCUGAUCAGUUCAUUUUGACAUGCUUAUUCAUUUUAAUGCCAGGUUGUUGGGUGGGUUGAAUUGGUUUUUAACAUUCUUACUCAUCCUGUUUAUCCUUCUUUAAAAAGAUUAAAUAUUAUUAAACAGCAUUCCUGUGGUCCUGAGUAUGUAUUUGUCAUAUUUAUGCAAUGAUCUACAAUCAAAAGUAAUGUAUC